AUGGGUAUUGUUGCUCCUUCUAUAACAUUUUUUACCUGGCAUCAUGCACGAUUAGUGGCAUUAAUCUUAAAUGCAUUUUCAGGAGUUUUAUUUUAUACAGAAAGUCAAAUAAAACAAAAAAAUAAAUUAGAAAAAGAAGAAAUAUUUACAUUAUAUUUGAUUGACAAACAACUAAAUAAUUUUUAUGAAAAUUAUUAUGGUAAUGGUUAUCAUGAUGAUAUAUUUAGUGGAAUAAAAGAAAUAAGUAAAAAAGCAAAACAUCUUUUAAAAUCUAAUAAUAAUAAUGAUUUUAUAAAUUUUUUAAAUAGCAAAGAUUUUACAAUAGAAUUAGAGAUGUAUAAGUUAACUGAUGAAAGAUUAAGGUGGGAUUUAAAAGAUUUACCUAAUGCAAAUAGACGAGAAGUUAUAAAAGGAAAUGGUUUUACUUUUUGGUUUAAUAAUAAAUGUUUUCAAGAACUUACAAAUAAUAUUUCUUUAUCAUGUUUUACAGAAUAUACUAAUUACAAGGGACUUAUUGAGUUUGAUCUUACAUCUAAAUUACAAUAUAUAUUUUAUGGACAUAAAUUUGCAACUAAUUAUUUUAAUCAUCAUUUGAAAACAGAUUACACUUCAAUAAUAAAUGAAAUUUGCUCAAAUAUGCAGGAUGAAUUUAGUAAACAUAAACAAAAUCACUAUAAAAAUUUAAUAAAAUUAAAAAAAACACAAAGAGAUUUAUUGAUGAAUCAGGUUUUUGCCUGUGGUCAAUUUGGAUUUUUAGAAAUAUCAGAUCUUCAUAUAUUAACAUCAAUUUUAUCAUGGCAACACCCUUCUCUUGGUUGUUUUUCAAGAGAAAUUCCAGAGGAACAUAUAAAUUCUGGUAUUGUUAGAAAUAACUUUAAUGUUAAACAGUCAAUAGCAUCAGAAAUAUGUGCUUCUGAUUCAAACUUUCUUGGUGUGUAUGCUUUACUAGUGUAUUUUCGUCUUCUUCUUGAACCACCUUUUAAAUUUCGUGAAUAUAAUCUUCCAGAACAACCUGUAUUUAUGGGACAUAUUCCAGCUGAAGAUAAAUUCAAACAAUUUAAAUAUAAAGAUUGGGUUCGAGAUGCUGGAUUUCCAAAUGAACUUCGUAUACCCAGACCAGAACCAAUUUUUUGGUUAAAAGACAUUGCAAAUUAUAUAUUUAUGGAGCCAACGAAUGGAAACAAUAACAUCAGUAAUAGUACUUCGAUUUUCGAUGAUAAUCCAGGGUUUGCAGAUAAGUAUAGAGAAGAAAUCUCAAAUACAAUAAGUAAUAUAUCAAUUGGUGAUCCAACAGAUGGUUCUCAGAAUUGUCUUAUUUGUAAUGACAUUGCAGCUGGGAAACAUUAUGGUGUUACAGCAUGUAAUGGUUGUAAGGGAUUUUUUAGAAGGACAGUUAGAAGACAAUACACGUAUUCAUGUCGUUACGAAGGUAGAUGCAAUGUUACAAAAGCAAAUAGAGCUAAUUGUAGAUUUUGCCGUUUUAAGAAGUGUAAAGAUUAUGGCAUGAGGGUAGAUGCUGUUCAGGCGGAGAGAGAUUUAAUUGGAAAAAGAAAAAAAAGUCAAGAAAUUACAAAUAACAUUGGAAAUUUUUGUAAUACCCCUGUUAAACGAAUAAAAAUGGAUAAUGAAUCACCUAAUGGAAGAAUGUCAUUUAGUAAUGUUCAAUACUCAACUCCAAAUAUUUGUAAUUUACCUCAUUCAGAAUUAUCCUAUAGAUACAGUAAUCCACUUGAAGUUAUUAGAUAUAUGAUAGAAUCCGAAGAGUUAGGAUCAAUUAAACUUAAUUGGUCUUCAGGAAAAAAUAUUUUGAAAUCAUUAUGCCAUUGUGAGAGUAUUAUGCAACACCACAGAAGUUAUCACUUAACUAAACGUGAUGAUAAAUUGAUAUCAAGAGCUGAAGUAUUAGAAUCACUUAAUGAGAUGCUUGAACUUACAAUUCAUUGGUCAAAGUCACUUCAACCAUUUAAUAAAUUACGUGAUAAGGAUAAAUUUGCUUUGAUAAAAAGUUUUGCUUCUCAACAUAUUGUCUUAUGCAUAGCAUAUCGUUCUACAUUUAAUGAAGAUUAUUUUAAUGUUAUCAGUAAUUGUAUUGUUGGAGAUGAAAUGGAUUCCAAAGAUAAAAAUUUUUGUAAUAAAUUUUUAGAAAAAACAAUGAAAGAAAUGGUUGAAGAAAUGAGGAGACUUCAAAUGGAUGAUGUAGAAUUUGUAGCUAUUAAAGCGGCAUCAUUUUUUAAUAAUACGGCUGAAGGAUUAUCAAAAAAUGGAAUUAUGAAUGUAUUAGAUGUAAAAAGGAGAACUUUAAAAGCUUUAAGUGAUUAUAUUAAUAAUAAAAUUACAUCUGAAUCGUCAAGAUUAUGUGAUCUUUUAAUGUCAAUUUGUACAUCAUCUAAAGUUCUUGGUGAAAUGUUAUUAGAAAAUGAUACACUUAAGAAAAUAUUAGGUAUUAUACAAAUUGGUGAUUUAUUAUCACAACAUAUCUUAAAUAACGAUACAAUUAUUGAUGAUGAAGGAUCAGAUAUGUUAAAUUUUGAACAAACAUCAAUAAAUAAUGUUGUACCACAUCAUUUGUUGACAAUGCCUUGCGCAAAUGAUCCGCAAGCUUUUCCACUAAAUUUUUUUAGUUAUAACUCUAGCCAAUUGAAUCCUCAACAUCAUUCAAAACAACAAGAAGUAUCUAAUUAUCCACCAGGAUUUUCAAAUGCAAAUACCAUGUCUCCACAGAUGCCAAUGAAAGACAUUAAUGGUUCUUAUUUUAAUGGUCUCAAUGCUAAUACUUAUUUUAGUAAUAUUCAAGAAUAUUAUGAUGCGAAUGAAUUUAAACCUCAGCCCAUCUCACAUGCCUUAGUAAAUACACAACUUUUAAAUAACUGUCCAACAAGUAAUCCUCAAAAUCAGUUUUCGAGUACAACUUCUGAUUGUGGAAGAUUUCGAUAA